AAAAUUUUAUUUAAUUGUUGACGAAUGUUGAUGAAAUUUAAUAAAUAAUUAAAAAUACACAACAAAUUUAAAUGAAUUUACCACGAAACCUGAAAAAUAACUUGAAUUUGUUAUACUAAAAAUAUCUCAAUAUUAGAACAACUGGCGUAAGAUUGUGUUAUAUCGAAAAAAUAAUAACUAAUCCUAAACAUACAUAGAUAAAAUUAUAAAAGAAGCCUAGAAUCCACAAUAGAGAAUCGACUUAAAAAAAAGUGAGGUUAUGUAUUAAUGCUUAUUUCAUUUCGACUCGUGACUUCAAAAAUUCAACGUGUUGUCGUUCGAACGUUAAGAAAAAUGUCCUUCGAAUACCCAAAAGCACGAUUAGAUGAUACAAUCAAAGAUGAUUAUCAUGGAAUUCAAGUUCCAGAUCCUUUUCGUUGGCUUGAAAAUCCUGAUGCGGAAGAAACCAAAGAAUUUGUUGAUGCUCAAAAUGCGGUUACUAGGCCUUACAUCGAUAGUUAUCCCUUAAAGGAUAAAAUUAAUAAGAAAAUGACUGAUUUGUGGAAUUAUCCUAAGAUUUCACCACCGUAUAAACAUGGAGAUAGAUACUUUCAAUUCCGAAACACUGGUUUACAAAAUCAGAAUGUAAUCUAUGUACAAGAAAAUUUAAAUGGUGAAGCUAAAGUAUUUUUGGAUCCCAAUCUAUUAUCAGAAGAUGGUACUACAGCUUUAUCAGGGGUUGCUUUUUCUGAAAAUGGUGCAUAUUUUGCUUACGGUUUAAGUAAAAAUGGUUCCGAUUGGUUAGAAAUAAAAUGUAGAGAUGUCAGUACAGGAAAAGAUUAUGAUGAAGUAUUAAAAAAAGUCAAAUUUACUUCUAUGACUUGGACACAUGACCAUCAAGGAUUUUUUUAUUCAGCUUAUUUGGAUAAAGAAGGAAAAUCUGAUGGUUCAGAAACAGAUAGCAAUGAAAAACAGAAACUUUAUUAUCAUAAAUGGGGAACUGAACAAUCUGAUGAUGUUGUUGUUGUUCAAUUUGAAGAUCCUCAAUUAAGAAUAGGUGCUAAAGUUAGUAAUUGCGGAAAAUAUUUGAUUGUUACAUCUAUAAAAGGAACUAAAAAUAAUUUGUUGUAUUUUGCUCGAUUGGAAGGUAUUGACAAAAUUUCUGGAUUAUUGAAAUUACAUCCGGUUGUAACCGAAUUUGAAGCAGAUUAUGAAUAUAUUGCUAACACUGAUGCUAAAUUUGUUUUUCGUACUAACAAAGACGCACCAAAUUAUAGAUUAAUCAUAAUUAAUUUCGAUAAUUUAAAUGAACGAUGGUUGGAUUUAAUUCCAGUUCAUGAAAACGACGUUUUAGAUUGGGCCAAGCCUGUUAAUAAUGAUCAAUUAGUUUUAUGUUAUCUUCGUGACGUCAAAAAUGUGAUGUCCCUUCAUAAAUUAGAAACCGGCGAGAAAAUUUACGAUUUUCCCCUUGAGCUAGGAACAGUGUCUUCUAUAUCGCAAAAACAUAAUUCGUCAGAAAUGUUUUAUGGAUUUUGUUCAUUUUUAACACCAAACAUUAUUUACAGAGUCGAUUUAAGUCAACUUCCAAUUUCACCACAAAUCUUUUAUGAAACAAAAUUGGAAAAUUUUGACCCAAAUAAAUACGAAACCAAACAAGUUUUUUAUAAAAGUAAGGAUGGAACUGAAAUUCCAAUGUUUAUUGUUAACAAAAAAGGAAUGACUUUAAACGGAUUAAAUCCUUGUCUUUUAUAUGGAUAUGGAGGUUUCAAUAUCACAUUAACACCAUCGUUUUCGGUUACACGAUUAACAUUUAUUGAUUGUUUUGAUGGUAUAUUUGCUUUGGCAAAUAUACGCGGGGGUGGGGAAUACGGUGAUAAGUGGCAUAAUGGGGGACGAUUUGAAAACAAACAGAAUUGUUUCGAUGAUUUUCAAUACGCAGCCAAGUAUUUAAUUGGAAAUAAAUAUACAAGCAAAGAUAAAUUAGUAAUUCAAGGUGGAUCAAACGGUGGAUUAUUAGUUGCAGCUUGUAUUAAUCAAGCACCAGAACUAUUUGGUGCGGCAAUUUGUCAAGUUGGUGUUUUAGAUAUGCUAAGAUAUCAUAAAUUUACCAUCGGUUAUGCGUGGAAAACUGAUUAUGGUUCUUCAGAUGAACCCGAUCAAUUUCAAUAUCUAUACAAAUAUUCCCCAUUGCAUAACAUAAAAAUUCCGGAUGACGAAAAUAUUCAAUAUCCAGCUACUUUAUUGUUAACAGCAGAUCAUGAUGAUCGCGUUGUUCCAUUACAUUCGUUGAAAUUUAUCGCGGAAAUUCAACGGAAAGUUGGGAUGUUGUCUCAUCAGAAAAAUCCCAUUAUGAUUCGAAUUGAAACCAGGGCUGGACAUGGUGCGGGAAAACCAACAUCAAAAAUUAUCGAUGAAGUUACCGAUAUGUUUAGUUUUAUUGCAAAAUCACUCGAGUUAAAAUGCCAAAUUUAA